AUGACGUUAUCCUCCCAGCAUACAAAUUUUCCAUCAUCGAAUAAAAACUCCAGAGGGUUGAGAUAUAACGGAGUUAGCAUCAUCUCAACCGUUAAUUCUCACCGAAGGAAUAUUAACCAGGAGAGUAUCGCAAAAUAUAAUCCCAGAUGUUACGAGAAGGAUAGGGACAGACCUGGCAAUAAACAGCUCCAGCACAACGAACGGACCAAACCGGGCCUUUCCAUUCCCACAAUCGAAGAAACAAGAAUCGGAAGCUAUGGAAGAAUGGUGCGUUAUUGA